AUGCGUUUCGCUUCAACAGUACUGCCUUUGGCAGCGGCUGUCGGUCUGGCUAGCGCCUCCGACUGCGCUCCUGCAACGAGCAAGGGCUGCCGAGCUCUGCAGAAUGGUUAUCUCGGUGACUCUCUCUUCACUACGGGCAGCCCUGUCUACAAUUGGGAGACCAAGCAGUUCUGGUCCAACACAGAGUUGAUGUCUCCUGGCUGUGUGUUCCGUCCUAAGAACAGCCGCGAUCUGGGACAGGCCGUCAAGGCCCUCGUGGAGGUAGAUGCCAAAUUCGCUGUUCGUGGCGGUGGCCACAUGGGUAUCCGGGGUUCCAACAACAUCGACGAUGGUGUUCUGAUUGUCAUGUCCAACUUGACAACGAUGGCGUUAUCUCGGGAUCACUCUGUGCUGUCUCUCGGCCCCGCCUACCGCUGGAGUGAGGUCUACUCCUACCUUGCCGACUAUGACCUGACGGCCCCUGGUGGCCGUCUGGGCCCCGUCGGUGUUCCCGGUCUGCUGCUUGCCGGUGGUAUCAACUUCUAUGGUAACCAGGUUGGCUUCGGUUGCAACUCGGUCAUCAACUAUGAGGUCGUUCUGGCCAAUGGUGAUGUUGUGCAGGCCAACAAGCAAACCAACUCGGACCUGUUCUGGGCCUUGAAAGGAGGCAGCAGUAACUUUGGCAUUGUGACCCGCUUCGAUCUUGAGACCAUCAAGUCUACCAAGGUCUGGGCUGGUGCUCACACCGUGGACGCCCAGUAUGUGGAUCAGUUCUUGGCUGCCGUCGCCACCUACGCUGCAAAUAUCUCCGAUGCCAAGAGCCACAUUGUCCCUGCUCUUGUUCCUAGUGCUUCGGGUGGCUCUACCCUGGCCUCGGCGAUUCUCUUCUACGACAGCGACACUGUCAGCUAUCCUGACAUUCUCAAACCCUUCACCGACAUUCCCUCUAUCAGCAGCACUGUCGGCUUCAAGACCGUUGCCGAGUUUGCCAAUGAGCUGGGCCAGAUGGUGGUUCCUGGUAUCAACGACAUCUUCGUUGCCGGAACCGUCAAGGGAACAACCUACGAUCAGCUCCACAAGGGCGUGAGCAUCAUCAACUCGACCUUCUUCAACGAGCUCCCCAAGCUCCUGGCCCAAGUUCCCGCUGCCAACAUCUCCACCAUCCAGCUUGACUGGCAGCCCAUCGGCGCCAAGUGGAUGGACGCCUCCAAUGCUCGUGGCGGUAAUGCCCUCGGUCUGGACUCUUCCAAGGUGUACCUCUGCUACGCCGAGGUCGUCGAGUGGAUUGGCUCCGAGUACGACAACAUUGUCGUCGACUGGUUGAAGGCUACUACCGAGGCCAUCAACAAGGCUACCCAGGCGGCCGGCAUCUACGACGAGUUCAACUAUAUGGGAGACUCUGCUGGGUUCCAGUCUAUCUUCCCAGGCUAUGGUGCGGCUAACCACCGCCGCCUUCAGAACAUCGCUUCCGCGUAUGACCCGAACCAGGUCUUCCAGAAGCUGAUGCCUGGCGGUUUCAAGGUCUACUAG